AUGACUUGGACACAGAAGCAAUUUACCCUGCAGCCCAAGUCGAGGGGCUCCUAUCUCAUCACAGAUCAGGUCGUCCAGGCUCUUCCUGAGAUCAGAAACUACAAAGUCGGCCUUCUGAACCUGUUCAUCCAGCACACAAGCUGCGCCUUGAGUCUGAAUGAGAACUUCGACACCGAUGUUCGCGAGGACAUGAGCGAUGCCCUCGACCGUAUCGCUCCCGAAGAGGGUCCUAAAGGCGAAGCGCUUUACCGCCAUGACGCGGAAGGUCUCGAUGACAUGCCUGCUCACAUCAAAUCUGCCCUCGUUGGAGCUAGUGUGACGAUUCCCAUCAAGGACGGAAAGCUGGCGACAGGCACUUGGCAGGGUAUUUGGUAUCUUGAAUUCAGGGCCUCGAAGCAUUCGCGCCGCGUGAUGGCUACCAUUCAGGGUGAAAAGUCCUAA